GAUGGUCAUAGAGAUGAAAGGGACAGCUAUGAGUUUAAGAGCAGCUGCCAGUGGAUUUAUUUUCUUCCUUCUCUCUGUGCCAGUGGUACAGGGUGCAAAUGAGUGGGCGGUGACUUGCACUUCUACUCAAAUCUGUGCUGCAAAAGGAUCCACAAUGGAAAUAAGCUGCACUUUCAAAUACCCAUCCAUAUAUCUUAACGUAAUUAUCACAGUUCAGGAAACAUUCUGGCUAAUUAAGACAGAUGCUCCCAAGGUUCCCUCUGUGUCUGUGCGUCCCUCUGGUGAAAUACUGGAGGGCAGUUCAGUCAAUUUGACCUGUACACAUGAUGCAUAUAUAAAAGUGAACUAUACCUGGUACAAGGAGAGUCAAGCCAUGCCCAGUAAAGAACCACAGCUUGUCUUCAGCUCCAUCCAGACCUCUGACUCUGCUGAGUAUUACUUGAGUCCCUCUGAUAAGAUAGAAGAGGGCAGUUCAGUGAAUCUGACCUGUAGCAGUGAUGCUAACCCAGCAGCUAACUACAGCUGGUACAAGGGGAACCAAACACUGUUUCAGGGAACAGAAGGAAUAUAUAAUUUCACCUCCAUCAGCUCAGAAGACAGAGGGAUCUACUACUGCAAGUCCGAGAAUCAAUAUGGAGUGAACACGUCUUCAAACAUAUUUCUAGAUGUCCAGUAUGGUCCAAAGCUCCCCUCUGUGUCAGUGAGUCCCUCUGAGAUAGAGGAGGGCAGUUCAGUGACUCUGACCUGUAGCAGUGAUGCUAACCCAGCAGCUAACUACACCUGGUACAAGGAGGAUGAAGACUCUCCAAAAGCUUCAGGACAGAUCUUCACCAUCACUGACUUCAGAGCUGAACACAGUGGGAGUUUCUUUGGAAGUUUGUCCUUGUCCGAUGUCACCAUUUGA